GGUGCUGCUGCACCCCUUCAGACAGAGAUUGACAGUUAGCAAGUACCGCUUUUUCAUGCUUCUCGGAGUGGAUAAUUAAUAAUAAUAAUUCAUUGUCCUAGCUACUUCGAAAGUUGUUUUUGUCGGACGGUUUUGGAAUUAGUUGUGAGGGAUAUGAAAGUGUAAAGCAAGACUUUCUUUUUUGAGACUCAAACGAAGUAACAUUGAGGCAUUUCCACGUUCAUGGCUGCUGGGUACCGUGCCCAGCUGCCGGCGACAAUAGCUGCUAGCCGGAGGGUGGAGAAGUCGCUCGAGGAAGCUGCAGCGAGCGGGGCUCUGAACUUGUCUAAUCGCAAAUUGAAAGAGUUUUCCCGAAACGCUAGGAACUAUGACCUGUCCGAUAUUGUGCACGCAGACCUGUCGAAGAACCGUCUCUGCGAGCUGCCAGAGGAGCUGUGCCAGUUCAUCUCCUUGGAGACGCUCAGCCUGCACCACAACUGUAUUCGCUCCCUCACCCCCAGCCUUUGUCAUCUACAGGCUCUCACUUACCUUAACCUCAGCCGUAACCUUAUCUCCAACCUGCCUCCCUCGGUGUGUCAGCUCCCCCUCCUGCGAGUCCUGAUCGUCAGCAACAACAAGUUGUUGGUCCUGCCCGCCUCCAUACACACCCUCACACACCUCCGACAGCUGGAUGUGAGUUGUAAUGAUCUGCAGUGUCUGCCGGUGGAGCUGGGUCAGCUGGAGUGCCUGAGAGACCUCAACCUGAGAAGGAAUCGGCUCACCACGCUGCCCAAAGAGUUGUCCGGAUUGCCCCUGGUCCGGUUAGACGUUUCCUGUAACUGCAUCUCCCACGUGCCCGUGUGCUACCGCCACCUGCGCCACCUCCAGACCAUUGUAUUGGACAACAACCCCUUGCAGCAGCCGCCGGCCCAGGUCUGUUCCAAGGGGAAGUACCACAUUUUCAAGUUCCUCAACAUCGAGGCCUGCAAGAGGAACCAGGAGGAACUGGAGAGAGCCCUGAGACCCACCGGGUUCAACAGCUGUCUGUCACACCAGGAGCUGUUCUCUGGUCAGUAUGGAGGUCUGGACUCUGGCUUCAACAGUGUGGACAGUGGGAGCAAGAGAUGGUCCGGGAAUGAGUCUGCAGAUGACUUCUCAGAGCUGUCCCUACGCAUGGCUGAGCUCACCAGAGACCAGAGGAACCUGGAGGAAGAGGUGGAGGCGGAGGAGGACUCUCCCCUCACAGAGACCCCAGACAGGGGGAAUGGGGAGGCAGAGCAGGUGGUUUUCAUAGACGGCAGUGUCACCGAGGAGGAAGAAGAGAAGUGCAGGACAAAUCAUCCCACUCCCCCGCGUGAGAAGACCGGGAAGUCCUCACCACCUCCUCAAACACAAGACUCUUCUAUAAGCAGGACUAGUAUCAGUGUGGAGGUAGGGGGCUGUGGAGGUAGGCCCCUGUCCCCCUCCAGUGUCACCCUGGAGGAGAGAAGGAGACCAGGCACCCUGCUCAUCUGGCAAGAGAGGGAGAGGGCCCAGCAGCAGAAGAGAGACCACCGGGCCAGAGACAACAGUUUACGGAAGAGGACGACAGGAAAUCAUGUGGCAACGCUGUCACAAACAGGAAGUAGCUCAAGAGUGCAGAUCAGAUGUGCACAUCAUAUCAGGUGUCAUCGUCUCAUGCGCCACUCGUUCAGCGCUCUGUUAGCCGAUCAGAGGGUCCGUCGUCUCCCAAGACAUCGUCCCCUCCAGGCCUGACACAGAAACCCAACAGUUUCCUGUUCCGCACCUCUUCCCGCUUCAGCGUCAAGAGUCAGGUCUCUAUCUCAGGCUCUACACAGAGUCUGGUGGAGGCAGGCCGUACUGA